AUGGGUGUCAAAGACGUCCAGGUCAAGGGGGUUGACUCUGUCGCCCAGCAUCUGGCAAGUGUUUUGCCCUCUGAUGGCAAGCCCUGGUAUCGCCAGACUCACCUCCUCAAGCUCAACUAUAUCAUCUUGUCUCUCGUUCUUUUCUCUUCUGCCAAUGGUUAUGAUGGCUCUUUGAUGGGAGGACUCUUGGCUCUCCCCAGGUGGAAUGCUUUCAUGAACCAUCCUCACGGUGCGUGGCUUGGGUUCAUCAAUGCCAUCUACUGGAGUUUGAAUGGUGUUUGUUUCUUCAUUGCUGCCUGGGCAUCUAACAAGUAUGGCCGCAAGUCCGGCAUCUAUAUUGGCUAUGUCUUCCUUGCGACUGGUGUAGCCUUACAAACCGCUGCUCACAACUCUGCCGCCUUCAUCGCCGCUCGAGGUCUCCUUGGUUGUGCUGCGGGAUGGUACACCGCUAGUGCCCCGUUGCUCAUCAGCGAGAUCGCCUUUCCUACUCACCGAGCCGUUGCGGCCUCUUGCUACCAGUGCGGUUUCUACCUCGGCAGCGUGAUCGCUGCUUGGGUCACAUUCGCUACCAGGAACUAUGUUAGCUCUUGGGACUGGAGACUUCCGUCGCUUUUGCAAAUCGUUCUUCCAGCUCUGGCUCUCCCUGGAACUCUUAUGGCUCCAGAGUCUCCUCGAUGGCUUGCAUCUAUUGAUCGCGUCGAGGAGGCUAGGCAGGUCAUUGCUAAGCACCAUGCAGGCGGAGAUAUCGACUCACCUCUUGUCGAGUUCGAGACCAGCGAGAUUACCAACACCAUUCAGGCUGAAAAGGAAGCCCAUGCCACCACCAGCUACGCCGAUAUGCUCAAGACCAAGGGCAACCGAUGGAGGCUACUCAUCUCUGUUUCUUUAGGUAUCUUCAGUCAAUGGAGUGGCAACGGCGUUGUCUCAUACUAUCUCCCCCUCGUCCUCCAGACUGUCGGCAUCACCAGUGUCACAAAUCAGACCCUUAUUAGCGCCUGCCUCCAACUCUGGAACCUGCUAUGGGCCUGCGGUGCCGCAGCAUCUGUCGAAAGACUAGGACGACGACCUUUGUUCCUUACUUCUGCCAUUACCAUGCUCAUCAGCUACAUCGUCAUUACUGGACUAUCAGGUUCCUUCGCCAGCACGGCAAACGCUUCUGUUGGAACCGCUGUGGUCCCCUUUCUCUUCAUCUUCUUUGCUGGUUAUGAUGUUGCUCUUACACCUCUCGUCAUCUCAUACCCCAUCGAGAUCUGGACUUUCGCCCUCCGAUCACGAGGCUUUGGUGUCAUGUGGAUCUCCGGCAUUAUCGCUGGUGUCUUCAACAUGUUUGUUAAUCCAAUUGCACUCGGUAGCAUUGGUUGGAAGUACUACAUUGUAUAUAUUGCUUUCCUCGUGGCCUUCCUCCUUAUUGCCUACUUCUGCUACCCCGAGACUCGAGGACACACUCUGGAGCAGAUGGCAUUUAUCUUCGAUGGUGAGGAUGCUGAGAUGCUACCCCGGGAGAGUAAGACUGAGGUUUUGGCCGAGGAGGCAGAGCGCAAGAGUGCCUAA